AUGAGCCUCCUGGCGAGAACAGACAUAGAUGCGGGGGGAUUUUUUGUCAACUUCAACCAAGACUGCUCAUCCUUAGCGGUUGGGUCGAAAAAUGGAUACGGUUUGUUUUCAUUGAACUCGGUCGAUUCAAACCUGGACCAGAUAUACACGAGCUUGGGCGAGGACAUCUGCUUAGUAGAGCGACUUUUUAGCAGCUCUCUCGUUGCCGUCGUAUCACUGAAUGCUCCGAGAAAGCUUAAGGUAUGUCACUUUAAGAAAGGAACAGAAAUAUGCAACUACUCGUACUCUAACACGAUUCUGGCGGUGAAGCUAAACCGUUCCCGGCUGGUCGUUUGUCUAGAGGAGAGUCUCUACAUACAUAACAUACGGGACAUGAAGGUUGUGCACACUAUACGCGAUACGCCACCGAACAAGACAGGGCUGUGUGCUCUGGCGUCGGAUUCGGAUCACUGCUAUCUGGCCUACCCGGGCAGCGCCACCGUCGGUGAGGUACAGAUCUUCGACGCGGUUAAUCUGCAUGCAAAAAUCAUGAUCCCGGCGCACGAUUCACCGCUCGCGGCGAUAGCGUUCAGCCAGAUCGGUACGGAAAUUGCAACAGCGAGCGAGAAGGGCACGGUCAUAAGGGUGUUUUCCGUGAGUGACGGUUCGAAGCUGUUCGAGUUUCGCCGGGGCGUCAAACGAUGCGUCUCGAUAGCAUCCCUAGCGUUCAGUACCUGUUCGAAGUAUCUGUGCUGCAGCUCGAACACGGAAACGGUGCACGUGUUUAAGCUGGAGCGUGUUUCGCCGGAAACGAACGAUGACCAGGGGGCCGGUGAGGCGUGGUACGGUAAAUUUAGCAAAGCUUUUGCAAACUACUUGCCACUGCCAACGCAAGUGACGGACGUGUUUUCGCAAGGACGUGCGUUUGCAUCGGCCCUGCUGCCCGUAGCCGGGCUAAGACAUUCCUGUGUCAUUACAACGAUUCAGAAAGCGCUCAGAAUGUUGGUCGCCUCCCAGGAUGGAUAUCUGUAUGUGUACCAAAUACCGUCGGAAGGGGGCGAGUGUCAGCUUAUAAAAAAGCAUGAUCUCAGAAACAUCGAACCACCACCGAAUCCGCCCAGAACGGAAUCAGUGCCAAUUGGUGUACCGACGGUGGUACCGUCAGGUGGGUCCAGCUAUGCUGCCACCGUUCGCGGUACGGCCGGUAGCAGUGCUGGUAGUGGUGGUGUAGCCGGCUCAGCAGAGGACGAUCACCAUGACCAUUCGCAGCAGCAGCAGCAGUAA